CACAAGAAAGAGGUACUCAAAGACACACGUUAAUUACAGUAACUUCAUUUGCGAUCUUGAAACAGCACCACGAUUAAUGGUACACGGAACUGAAGAAAUCGUGCCACCACUUUACUGUGUCGAAAGUCAUAUUGGACAUAAGAUACGAAGAUUGUAGAGAUUUAAGGUCGUUUAUAUUAGGCGACAUUUCAAAGGGUUUUCUUCUUGGUUUAUGUCUAACUGGUUGGUCAAGCUUUGGAUCACUUAAGCCGGUUGUAGUCCAGUUCAUAUGUGGGCUGUCCAGUGGAUAUGAGAAUACCGACGGCACAAAGAAUAUAUCGGAAUAGUAAUCAAUGCUUCUACUAUGACUAUUCGAAAUUCGCUUCUGCCAAGGCUGAAUUUUUAAACGAAAACAAGAUCGACAGGGCUUUUUACAUGUUGACAGUUACAGAAAAGAAGUUUUUCCGACUUUUAGAUUUGUGGAAUUAUACCAUGGCAGACUAAGCACUUCUGUUGCUGUUUUCGUUCCACCAAAUCGCUACACUACACAACCGUUUUCCCAGAUAUCAGAGCCAAAUGAAUGUUCCACAUAUAAACGUUAUGUGCUGUUAUUGGGUUUGGCAGCUGGAUUAGUUAGUCUUGGGUCGCUCUGGUUAUACAACUUAUUUGAGUGGUGUUCAGGUUUACAAACUUUUGAAUAUCUGAAAAAGACACACCAGGUGUUCAGUCCAGAUGAAUCAGAAAACAAAAGACAAUUUUCAACUGGGCAUGACGACGACUUUGAUUUCAAACAAAGGAGUUCCAAUUAUUCCAAAAAGGUGGAAAGUAUAGUAGAUACACAAGUAGAUAUCGACCAGUAUUUCGAUUUGCACUAUAUCCAUUACGAUCGUAAACUUCCUUCGAAGUCUGAAGAAAUAUUUCCUAGAAAAUGUGUCACAAGCACUGACAUCGUUAUCGCGAAUAACGCCGAUCAUGGGGUCCGGUCACAUUUAUUAUGGGCUAGUGGAUCCAUGAAUUGUCCUCAUUAUGGUUCAGGCUCAUAUAAGAUCUGUACUAUUUGUUGGCUAAAUAUGCCUGACUGCUGGCUUCAUGGCCCAACAUGGAGUUCUCUGAAUUGUCAAUUUAGUUCAAAUCAAUUAUGGAGAAACACUAACCUUUUAGGACUUCUCGUAUGCUUGCAGUUAAUAUACAGAGCAAUUUAUUUAGCUUGUAGUAGUGUAACGAAACAAUCUAACUCUACACAGACUAGCCCUAUAUCUACACCGAAUUUAAUAAACAGUGGGUAUUCGGAUUGUUUACAUCAGUUGUCGAAUACUCCUUUUAAAUUUGAUAGUGAGUCUAUUACAGCUCAUACACCUUUAGUAACAUCCACUGUCAACAUGACCCCGAUUUCUAACUGUCCACUCUUAGAGCAUAGUAAGAUAGGGUUCAAUCCUUCAAAAUCAGAUCAAUCCAGUUACUUGCUUCAAUCAAAAUUAAUGAGCUCAUUCGACAUAAAUUUCAAGAAAACCAGUUUAUGUGAUAAUCAACAAAAUAACAAUGUAAAAUCUCUUUCCACAUCUAUUGAUAACGUGUUAUUUCCAAGUAUGAAAAAUGAGAGCACUGAUCAAACGUCUGUGAAUAUUAAAUCAUCUGAUAAAGAUUUUAUAGUAGAUCCUAUUGCCACUAUAUCUACAGAUCAGUUAUUGUUAAAAGUUAUCGAAAUCCUUAAUCCUAAACAAGUUGAUUGGUUAAACAACUCACCAGUUGGAACAUCAUCAUCACGAUCAUUAAUUCAUCGUGUACAUAGUGAUGCUGUGUUAGAUAGAAAAAUGAGUAAAUCUUGUAAAUAUUUGGCGAAGGAAAAUGAUUAUACUACUCGGACUACUGCCAAUCCACCUAUAUAUCAUCGUUCACGUUUUCAUUCCAGUUCAAAUUCAUCUACUUUGUCAUGUUUAAAUAUUGAUGAUAAUGAAGGUUUUGAGUACGAUGAUAUUAUUUCUAUCUAUGCAACUAAAGAUGAAGUAAUGAGAAACAUUAACAAAAAUCAAAUGACUAUAAAACAUAUUCAUGGUGAUAACAAUGAUGAAGAUGACGGUGAUGAUGUUCUCAUUGAUGAGAACAAUGAAGAUAUAGACGACAAUAUUCUUCGACAACUCGACACAUUAUCUUCUCUUCUUAACAAUAAGUCUGAUAAUUUCUUCCAAGGUCAAUCAAGUGAAAUUUCAUCAGAUUUAAACAAAAGUACAUACAUUGCAAAUGCACCUGAUGACGUAUUAAUAUCAUUCUCAUCACCGUCAUCGUCACCGGGAAUUAAUAAAAAUCCUAAUAAUUUAUUACCUAGUAGUAAUUCCGAUGCAAUAAAAUUCACUGAUCUUACACAAAAAACUGUUGUACUCACAGAUGAGUUAAACAAACUAGGUGUUACACUUGAUCGUUUAUUGUAUAAACUACAAGCUAAUCAAAUUCAGUUGGAUCAAGCUGAAGAUAAUUUAGAUUAUAUGUGGUAUUUAAGAGAUAAUUUAGAUAAUAAUUUUUCGUCAAACACAUCUGAUUGUUGUUCUGAGUUUGGUUUAAGUGAUGUCGAAGCAGAAGCUUUACUAAAUGAUGAUGGUGAUGUUGAUUUAGAUGAAAAUGGCAGUGAUGAUGAUGAAUAUAAAGGGACGGAAGAUGAUUAUUGGUCAUCACAUGGUAGAAUGACACAAUCAUCUACUCAUCCAAAUGAUUACUGUCCUAUCCGUGGUGUUUCUGGUUAUUUGUUCAGUUCACAUGGAACACUUGAUAGUUCUCAUUAUUCUAAUUUAAAAAUCCCAAGUGAUAUUCGUAAUCAUUCAUCAAAUUUGGAUUCAGGGUUAGAACAAUCAGUUAUGACAUGUUCUGAAUCAUAUGCGCAAAUGUUCUCACCAAUGCCAGAAAAACAUUUAGAAAAUUCGCUUGAUCAUCACCUUUUAUAUAAUAGAUAUUUAUCAAAUUCUCAAGUCUUUAAAAAUUACUCACAUUCACUUCCAAAGUAUUCACGUUUUAAAAAACGAUGUAGUUAUAGUCAAAGGAAACGAAUGUGUAAUAGUGAGAGUAAUCGUUUUUCUACAAAUGUUCUUCCUGAUUCUGAUGGUUUUCUACAUCCAGAUCUUACGUUUGAAAAUGAUGGUCCAUUGAAAUGGUCUGAAUCAAUGAAAGUGAAUUCAUUUUACAUGGAAUCAUAGAAUACUGACUUAAUUAUUUACAUUUUAAUCAUGAUUUUUCUUAAGAAAAAGAAAGGACAACAUUAUCUAACUAAUUCAUAACUAUUGUCUUUCAAUGUUUAAUUUGUUUCUUUUUUUAUAAGAAAAAUAUCCUACAUGUUUAUUGCACUCUCAUCAUGUAAAUACAUACAACAUAUAGUCAUAUAAUGAACUAUUUCUGCCGUCAUUACAAAUUAAUUGUGUAGUCAAAUGUAAAUUGCAUGUUAUACUUUUUCGUGUUGUUGUCAUCGUUAUCAACAAUGCAACAAUUGAAAAGUAUAAAGUAUAUUUAUACAUGAACUCGAAUUGGUUAGUCUUCAACGCUGACAUUAUUACCUCAUUUAUCAUUUUUCCUAUCAUUUGUAAUUAAUAUUAUAUAUCAUCUUAACCUUGAUAUAUUUUAUUACUGUUUGGUUUUCCAGCAACUGUUUUUUUUCUAAAAAAAAACAAUCGUUUUUCUUUUUUUUUGUUAUUAGUUUUUCAGAUUAUCAUUUCAUCUAUUGAAUACGUUUGUUCUUGAAAAAAUAAAUACUGACUUAUGUAUGCAUAUUGAUAUUAUUAUUAUUCAUUAUAUUUCUUUAUUUUAAUAAUUGCUUGAUCUCAUUAUAUAUUUGUGUUGGGUAAUAAUGAUGACGUUUUUGAAUGUGUAACACUCUACAGCGUUCAUUUUUCCGAAAUUGGAACAACGAUAUAUAUGUGACUAGGUGUGAAAAAGAAGCGAAUCCAUCAAUUGUAUACGUUGUUCUUUCGUUUAUUUAAAUGCUGUUGAUUCUAUUUUCUAAUUUUCGAGAUUUAUUUUAUAAUUUUGAAUCAACAGCUAUUUCGAUUUAUUGAAAUGGUUAUUGGAAAAAUGUUCAUAUAUGGAGUUGUUUCUUGUUGCUUGAAAUGGUGUGCUUACUCUUUAUCUUAACCGUACUUGUAUUUAUAUGUAGGAAAAUGUAUUUUUAUUUAUUUAUCUAUAUCUAUAUCUAUCUAUCUAUCUAUCUGAUCCAGUAUACUUUAUUUCUAGUUAAGUAGAAAAUGCUUAUUAAAGAAAGUCCCGUUCUUCAUUGUGUGUGUUUCAUAUUUUAGGAUGGAAGUUAUUGUAAAUUAAAUAAACGGAAAGUAUAGUUUCUUUGUAUAACAUCCAUUUUUCUCCUUUGAAGCCUGUCACGGACAAUGGUCGUCAAUAUAUAUAGUCGUUGAUGUAGAUACAUUACCGGAUCUGAUUUCGUUGACUAGCAUUUCUACUUUUAGUUAACUAGCAAUUCAAAAUAUCGUAUUAUCUAGUUUGAUAUGUAUAACAACUUAGUUAAGAUUAUUUUUAUCAACAACAAGAAAUGAGUUUCGUAAAAAGUUAUGGUUCUGUCUGAUAUUUAAUAAAAUAAUAAAUUUAUUACUACAUUCUGAUAAAUGACAUCAAACUGAAUGAUUGACUUCUAACAUUUAAUUACACUGAUUGACUCCUAGAUCAGUCUUCUUUAUGAUUCUCUGGUUUGAAGAAAGAUAUUCUCACGCUUACAUAAUCUAUCACCCAUUCACCCCUGGUACCCACUAAAUCUUCAUGAACAGUAUGCUUUCAACCAACUGAAGACAAGGUGUUACUUAACUCAUAUUGCUUCAUUUAAGUUAAGCGGAAUAAAAGGCCUGAUUUUCGAUUUGUAACAAAAUGUCAUGAAUAAUGUGUUUAUCAUUAUCCUUAUAUAUGUUCAUUUGACCAACAAAUUAAUUUGGUUCUCAAGUGAUUGUAAAAUAACUAGUCCUUUGAGAUUUCUAACUUACAACUUGAUAUCAUUUAGAUCAAAAGCCAUAACAAAUGUUCGUUUUUAGUUCAAGCUUUUCAACUGUGCACAAAUUAUAUUUCUUAAUUAAUGUACAAAUCGAUACACGGUUUCAGUAAGCAUUUGAUUUUUUAAAAAUUAUCUAUAGUUUCACAAUACUUGUUUACAAAACCAGCUAUACUCAUGCUGAGUAGAAAUUCAAAAAUUUGAUUACGGGACAUCAAGUAAUGGAUAACGGAUGACUAUAAAAUUGGUAGCUUAUAACACUACGAUCAGAAGUUUAGAUCAGUAUCAGCAUUUAGUUUGAAGUCAGAUAUAAGACCAUUUUUCGAGGGUCCCGGUGUAUCCUAAAAUGAGUUCUAGAUUCAAUUAAGCUGUUAGAUACAAUCAAAUAUAAUAUUUAUGUUUGGUGUUUUUCAGACUCUUUCAGAACUACCAAAAGUACGAAUUCCCAAAAAGGUUAAUUUUUAAGCACAGUUGAGAUACUUUUAUCGUUCAGUAUUGGCACGCACAGGGAUGGCCAAGAGAUAACCAAGGUUUUCAUUCAUCAAAAAUACUGGAGCUUUCACGGCAGUGAAUUUUGAUAAUUUGUUUCUAACGUCAACAUAAUUUAAAUGUAAACGAACUUCAUUUCUCCGAUCACCUAACUGAAAAUUAGUAAUUAUCAACAUCAUGUUUAUUACAAAAUCUAAUAACACUAAAUUGUCAACUUGUAAUGUAUGUUAUAUUUGUACCACUGAGAUUCUACUCAAGACAUUGUUUUGUUAAUAAUAAUAUAAUUUGGUCAUUGUACGGUGAUUUGAGCGAAAUAAUUUAUACGACACAUGACCCUGGACUCACAUCUACUAACCAGUUAUAUAUACUUAAUGUUCGUCAGUGUUUUGGAAAAUAGUCAAUAAUAAUUUAAUCUAUAGACUAACCCGGAUCUAACGUAUCAUUUUAAUAAUCAAAUUAAGCUUUCAUAAAUAUUAAAGAAACACUUGUAUUUCAAGUUAUGAUAGGUGGUCAAUUGGACUAUGAAAACCUCCACAUAUCAGGGAAAGCACGGCGUACAAUGAACAGUUUGGAUGCAACUACACUAUUUGAACUUCACAGAUCACCUAGCUUUUCCAUCCCAUAUAUGACAAACAAAUGCAGCCGAAGACAGUGUAUCAGCAGCCUCUGCAGUGGUAAGUUUGAACUACAACAUGGAGAACACCAACUGAAUCACACUUGAUGAAGAAGCUCUGGAACAGGUGGAAAGUUUUACGUACUUGGGCAGCGGAAUCAUCGAUGAACGUGGAGGAUCGGAUGCAGACGUAAAGACAAGGAUCGAUAAAGCAAGGGCAACAUUCCUACAGUUGAAGAACAUAUGGAACUCUAGGGACUUUAGGAGAAAAUAAGUAUCGAUAAACGUAACUCAAUGAUAAAAUAGUAUUUGAAAGUUUAGUGAACGAAAUGUGAACCUUUGUUGGUAAAUACAUAAUGAAUUAAAUUUGCAUUGACUAUUUUGUUAUAUAUACUGAGAAUACCUACACCUUUUUAAAUGAGCGAAAAUAAACUGAAUCUUCAAUACAAUUUUUGUAAAGAUGUUGUCACUAUCAAUAUACAUAGACAUACAAGGUAACUAAAAGUUACACCUUGUGUCAACUUUAUACUUCAAGUUGUCAGCUAAAUUAUACUCAUUGUAAAACAAGUUCUUUCUCACUAUAGAAAUUACAUCCAAAUAACAAGUUCUAGUUCUACUGAAAAGAGUCAAAUGGUACUAAAAUUGGUUAUUCUGUCCUUCGAUUAGAAAUAUUUUGUCCAUAUAGUCAGAAGCAAAUAUCAUAUAUAUAUGUUUCCAGGAAAAUAAUCAAAAGCCGCAUUUAACUGAGAGCAUUGCUACAUAGAUUUCGUGAAAUGUAAUCGAUCAAAAAGUCUGAAUAACUAGCAACAUAUGAGGUAGUUUUGUAAUUGUUGAAAAAUCGUCACAAACACCUAUUCACUGACAUACGAUUUUCUUUAUUUCCAAAAUUUUAUUUUAUUUAGUGAUAUUUAGGAAAAUUGUAAACAGUAAUUUGAAAGCGCCCAAUUGUUAAUUGGUGUAUGUUUAGUAGGAAGUUAACAACUGUCAAUAGCUUGUUUAAUGAAGCUGAAAGGAAAUCUUCAAAAUUUCAUACAACGACCUAUCCAAAAAAAAUACUCUUAUAGUUUGAGCAAAUAUUCUUGAAACAACCGGAUCAAUGAAACCUGUCUUAUACAUUUCGUGUUCAGCACUCAGAAUUUAAUUGUCAGUCAUGCAUGCUUAUGCAACUUGAUGAAAUGGAAUAAAUAAGAACACUUAUAACUGUGAUAUAUAAUAGCAAUGUGUUUUAUAUUUGAUCUUGGUCAUGUGUUCAACUGUAAAAUAAAACUACUUAAUAUCAAAUAUAUAAUAUGUAGAAUGUAUAAAGUUUUGAACACGUAUUUUUUAAAAGGCAAUAGUGUUUCUUUACAACUACAUACUGUGGUGGUCCUAAUGAGCAGGUUAGUUUUUGUGCGAGACAUCGAUGAGUAAUCCAUUUGCAUUGUUAAAGUUAUUAAAAUGAAAUUCCCUCGAUAUUAAAUUAGUUUACUUUAUUACUCUUCUUGGAACUAUGAUUUCUGACAAGAUCAUAACUUGAACUAACAGAAAUGGAACUUCAUGAAUCAUACUUUCUAUCAAUAGACACCAAAUUUGUCACAGAGUAAAUGAAGACAAGAUAUAUGAGCGAACUAUAUUUUUAAUUAGAUCUUCAUCAGGUUUGGCUCUAAUAUACGGUAAGAUGUAUAUAAGUUGAUGAAAAAUAUUGAACCAAUCAAUCCAAUUCGUAAAUCGAUGUGGAAAAUCAAAUAGAUUGACAAACCAAUCGUAAUAAGUAAAAUGUACUAUUUGAUGAUAAGAUGCAAUAGUGUAGUCUAUGCUGCUUAUGCUGAGAGUUAUAAGUAGUAUGUGGUGGCAAUCGGAAGUGAAACGUCUGACAGCACAAGACUGAACUAAGAAGAACAGGAAGGGAAACAGACAACGAUUGAAAUAACUACAUAAUUGGAAGAAUCAUGAAGUAUGUAAAUGACAAAUGAUGAAAGAUAUCCAAAUUAUGUGUUUAAUGUAUGAUUUUCAUAUUUUAUGAAAGCACUGUGAAUCCCUUGUGACACUUAUGAAUGUAAGUAGCUUUUAAUGAGUGAAUAUUUAACGUUUCAGACUUCUGUCCGAAAGUAUGAUAUGAUAUGAUAUUGUGUAUUCUCUUUUUAGCGAUAAGUAUUAGUGCUAGACAGACUUAUUAGAUUUUUACAUUCUUAUUAUAGAUUGACAUGAUAAUUUAGAAAAGAACAUGCCAAGUGGUAAAAACUGAUGUAAUUAACGAUCCAAAAUAUCAGUUUACGAGAAUGACAUCAUAAGUAGGAAAAAAUAUACAGUUGUAGCUAAAGAACCAAGAAACAAAGUUAAUUAAGGAAGUCCAAAUUAAGUAAAUUCAGUACAAAUGGAAAACACCUGACGUUCAUAGUUUU